AAAAAAAAAAAAACACAGCAAUGGCUGCCUUUGUUAGGAGUCUAGUGCUUGCCCUCAUGGUUUCUAGAUUCAUCACUAUAAUGGCAUCCGACGACGACCCUUAUGACGCAAUAUGCUCGCCGAUAUGGGGUUACUUCCCUGACUGUGCUGAGUAUUUGGGAGGUUUAAGCCAUCACCUGCCGAAAAAAUGCUGUCACAGCAUCAGAAAGCUCAAUGAAAUUGCUAAGAAAACCAAAAAGGGACCAAAGGUGGUCUGCUUUUGCAUUGAAGCCUUCAUGGUUCCUCAAGAUUUUCACUUAAAACCUUCACGAAUCAAAAAGCUACCAAAGAAGUGCCACACAGAUAUUCUUUUCCCGAUUUCUGAAACAAUGAACUGCUCGUUUGACGAGCGUUGAGAGGUUGAAUUCUUGAAGGACUUGCUGCCUUGAUUGAUAGACUAGUAUGUAGAAUAUCAACAAUAAAUGGUUUUAUGGGCAAGAUGUUUUUUUAAUUUCUGUAAUAUUUUAUAAUCGGUAGUAUAUCUCCAUUUUCUUUUAAUAUUUUUGGUCAUUUGUGUUCUGGGAUUUUUUAUUUCAAUUUCCCUUCACAAAUUUCAGCUUGUCUUCAAA